AUGCGGUCUCAAUGUUGCUUUGAAAAGCUUCUGCUUCGGGCAUAUCUAAAACGACCGGGAAGGACACGAAGUUCUCACUAUUAUCUUUCCUUCUACAAGGCGGAAGUCAUGUACGCUGUCCAGGGUAUCUUUCUCCUUCUUGUCGAGAAAACGCAAGUCCAGGAGAAAUAUGUUGAAAAUUGA